GGAGCUAUGAGCCUGGAAAAGACUUUAAGCAGUUUAAAUCAAAUUUCAUCAUCAGGUCUGAGUUGCUGCUGCUCAGCUGUGACAUCCAGUGGCUUCAAAGUCUGAAUCAUCUAAAUAAAACAAAGAAAACAUGAUUAGCUAUAACUUUCACUUUCUUUCCUUAUUUGUUUUCUAACAGCUAGAACUUCACUUUUUUCUCCAUAAAAGUUGCAUAAUCCUAAUCGAUAGCGCAUUCUCACCACCCUGUAUUACAGUCUUUAUUUACUAGGUCAUUAACAACAUUCAGAUUUCUCAGGCAUUUCCUGCUGAAGCUUUUUAGUGCAUGAACUUGCAGAUUUGUGGGAGAAGCCGGUCUUUUGGAAACCUGGCAGAAAAUGGACUGUCCUGUGAAACACCACCACAGGAGGAGUUAACCUGUAGCAGAGCGUGUGGUUAAUCUUCUCCUGCGUCCAGCCGAGGGCUUCAUAGUGAUCCCUCUCAGGCUUUUCCCAGCCACUUCAUUUCCCUAAACAGAGCAGGAAACCCAGUGAGGGAAUGAAAAUAUCUGUGGUGUCCAAGAAGCUGUGGUGCGUCCACAAGCAGCUGCUCCUCUUCCUCGCGCCGCUCGUCUUUCUGCCUUUACUUUUUACUCUGCCAGAAAAGGAGGGAAAAUGCCUUUACGUUGUGAUACUGAUGGCUACGUUUUGGUGCACAGAGGCCCUGCCUCUGGCGGUCACAGCGAUGCUUCCAGUCUGCCUCUUCCCGACGCUGGGGAUUCUCCCGGCCAAAAAAGUCUGCCCCCAGUACUUCAUUGAGACCAACUUCCUCUUCCUCAGCGGUCUUGUGUUGGCGUCGUCGAUUGAGGAGUGGGGCCUGCACCGUAGGAUAGCCCUGAAAGUCCUUAGUAUUGUCGGAGUGAAACCCGCCUGGCUCAUCUUGGGAAUGAUGAUGACGUCAUCCUUCCUCUCCAUGUGGCUCAGCAACACCGCCACAACGGCCAUGAUGCUUCCCAUUGCAAACGCCAUCCUGGAGAGCCUGUUUGGGGACCUGGAGACCCUGAAGCAAAAGUGCAAAUCCCCAGAGGAUCACGACAGUUCUGCAAUAAAUGGUCAAACUUCACUGAAGCUCCAUUCGCUGCCAUCAGAGCCUUCUGAAAAACAUACGCUGUCAAUGGAUGGGAUGGAAGCUGUGGAGCCUGCAGACAUGAGGACGGCUGAGGAGAUCCGGUCCGAGUCAGAGUAUCAGCUGAAAGUGUGGAAAGGAUUCUUGAUCUGUAUUCCCUAUGCUGCCAGUAUUGGAGGUACAGCAACGCUGACAGGCACAGCACCAAACCUCAUCCUGAUUGGACAGCUCAAAAGCUACUUCCCAGACUGCGAUCUUAUCAACUUCGGCUCUUGGUUUGCCUUUGCUUUCCCCCUUAUGCUUCUCUUUCUGUUUCUGGGGUGGAUUUGGAUCUCUUUUCUCUACGGCGGACUGAAUACAAGGUUAUGUUUCACGAAACAUGACCACAGAGCCCAGGCAGAAGCCAGAGCCAUAGCGCUAAUUAAAGAAGAUUACAGAAAACUGGGACCCAUAAACUUUGCGGAAGGGGCCAUCUCUUUCUUUUUUAUUUUAUUCGCUGUUCUUCUGUUCACAAGAGAUCCCAAAUUUGUUACUGGCUGGUCUGUGUUUUUCAAAAAAGGGUAUGUCUCAGACGCUGUCACUGGUGUCAUCAUUGUGUCCAUUUUGUUCUUCUUCCCAUCACAAAAACCCUCUCUGAGUUGGUGGUUUGACCCAAAAGCUGUAAACACUCCAUAUGUCCCUCUGCUUUCGUGGAAAAAGGCCCAGGACUCUGUUCCCUGGAACAUUAUCCUCUUGCUUGGAGGCGGCUUUGCAAUGGCCAAAGCUUGUGAGGAGUCCGGCCUUGCGUCCUGGAUCGGAGGUCACCUCCAGCCCUUGGCUGAAGUUCCCCCAGCUGUAGCUGUGAUGUUAAUCACUGCUUUCCUGGCUUGUUUCACUGAGUUUGCCAGCAACACGGCAACUAUUAUCAUAUUUCUGCCUGUCAUUGCUGAACUGGCCAUUCGUGUCUCUGUGAAUCCUCUGUACUUCAUGAUUCCUGCCACUGUGGGAUGUUCGUACGCCUUCAUGCUUCCUGUUUCCACUCCACCCAACUCCAUCGCCUUUGCAUCCGGACAUCUCAUGGUCAAAGACAUGGUGAAAACCGGCUUUGUCAUGAACAUCCUGGGGAUYCUCUCCGUGUCUCUGGCUAUGAACACGUGGGGCGUCGCCAUGUUUAACUUGAGCUCCUACCCACAAUGGGCUCACACCGCCAACACUACUGCUGCCUCUCCACAUGUUCACUUCCCGUCCAUCAGGUCAACCAACGCCACGCUCUGAGGAUGUAAAUGCAGACUGUAUAUAGAUUUAAGAACUAAAACUAUACAUGGACRCGUCUGUUUUUAAAUGUGCUAAAACACCASUAAGCUCUGAUACUGCUGCUCCUGGCUCUUCUGCCUUUAGCAAGCGUGUUAUAAUUAUUGCUUCUUAUCUUUAAUGUUCACUUUGGCUUUAAGAUUUGUGAAUAUGCUGUGAAAAAUGCUGAUUUAUCUUACACUAACUGUGCCAGAAGUAAAAGAUGUCAUCAGAUGUAAGAAUUUGAGUGACAUCUAAUUCUUAAUUCAUUGAGUUUAAUCUGAUGUCAGCACCCUUUCUACAGUCAAAACAGUUUCAGCUCUUCUGGUCUUGGACUUUUCUUUUACAGAAACCCAUUUGUGAGGUCAGACACUGAUGUUGGACAAGAAGCCCUGGCUCUCAGUUUCUUCUCCAAUUCCUCCUAAAAGUGUUUUAGUGGGUUUAGGUCAAGAUCUGUGCAGACCUGUCAGGUUCUUGCAGAUAAAAUAUGUUUAAUAGACCUUCAUAAGUUGUUACCAAGUCAAGUUAGAACAGGAAGGCCAGUAUCUUGGCUUCCUGAAGCCUUAAACGUUUCACUUGCUGGAGUUAAAUGACUGAGUCUAACUUCUAAAAAGCAAAAACACAAAAUCUUACCAAGUAUUUUUGGUCUACUUUCUAUUUAUUCAGUGUUGUUUUAUUCAGUACAUUCAGUGUCUGGAUGGCUAGUUAACAACAAAACAGUUGUUCUUUUCCAGCAGCCAUUGUACAGUUCAUACAGAGAUGAAACCAGCUGACCAAAGUCCUGGAGUUUCGCUCAGGUUGCUAGGUGACAGGCUGGGCUUGGCUGGAGUUGCUAGGCAACAGUGGAGUGCCCACUGAUUGUGACUCAAAAAUCGGGAAGUUUUUGAAACAGCUCAUUUUCCAGGCACCAGAAAAACAUCAACUUAUUGCCAAAAAACUGUUUAGUUUAGCUGUUUUUAGAAGCAGUAGAAACGCAAAUGGAAGCAUAAAAACCUGCUAAAUGUGAAUUUUGCAUAAUAGAUCCCCUUUAGCACUUCAAACAUGGCAGAAAUAUCUCAUAACAUUAUCUUUAGAGCCAUCCCACUAAUCUACACAACCUUAAAAUWAUCAGAAGGAGAUGAUCGGGUCAAACAUCGUCAUAAUUAGCUUGCCGUGUUAACUGGUGUUUGGAGGACUGUAGCUAAUUUCUCUUCACAUUAUUCACCUCCUGCCACUUUAUUUGUACAUAAAGUCAUUCUUCUUCAUGUACACAUUUGAUCAUAGACACAACAAACAACAAAUAAAUAACAAAAUUAGAAAAAUCACAGAAAAUGUGGCAUCAGAACCAGGUAAUGGUACCAAAAGUUACAAGUCUAAAUCACUUCUAGUUGGUUAUAAUGGUUGCAACACCUGAGGGAAUAAUUUUGAAAGAGGACCCAAUACAUUUCCCAAUACUGUACAUUUAAAUUCUGUUUCAUAGAGGGUGCCGUUUGUAUUUAUCACUACAAGGCCAGUCAAAAAGAAKAGAAACGACUGUGAAUAACUUUCAUAAUACAUGUAUUACUGAAAUUCAUAAAGCAACCAUGUUGGUGAAUCGUUCUGCACACAUUUCACUUCCARUAAUUAAAAAAUUCCCCAACUAUA